AUGGAAACCCAGCUCGCAUCGCACCGCUCCGGGCGCAGCUCCUCGAGCUCCGUCGACGUCGUCGCGACCGAAAAGCAAAAGCUCGCCUCAGUGCAACUAUCGCAAGAAAACCCCAACGGGCUGCCCGACCUGCGCAACUCAGCAUCCCCCAAGCGCUGGAAAACAUUCUGGAACUCCUUCCGGUACCUGCAGCACCUCACGCCCAAACAGGUCGACGACUUCAUGGCCUCGUACGUCAUCUACAACCUCGACUGGUCGGACGAGCAGGAGAUGGUGCGCGUCCUGGGCGCCAACUACCAGGACAAAAUCGGCGACUGUCUGCAGGCCUACUACGGCGUGCUGAACCACCUGUGCGCGCUCGGCGAUGUCGAGAAAAUGUAUAUCCCGCCGUUCAUGAGCGCGCGCGCCUCCGUGCUCGAGAACCAGCUGCUGUACGAGGAGUCGAUUGCGCAGGACAUCGGGCUGCAGAGCGGACACCGCGUGUUGGAUCUGGGCUGCGGGCGCGGGCGCGUCGCGGCGCAUAUGGCGCAGUAUUCCGGCGCGAGAGUCACAGGCCUGAAUAUCGAUCCGAACCAGGUGGCGCAGGCGCGGCAGUUCAAUGAGGAGAUGGGGUUCGGCAAGACGAAUGAGUUUGUCGUGCAGGACUUUAAUGCGCUGCCGCUGCCGUUUGACGAUGGGAGCUUCGACGCCUUCUACCAGAUCCAGGCGCUGAGUCUGUGCAAGGAUCUCGGGGCGCUGUUUCGCGAGAUCUACCGGGUGACCAAACCGGGGGCCAGGAUCUCGCUGCUCGACUGGGUCAGUCUGCCUGGGUAUGACGGCGCGAAUGAAGAGCAUGCCGAGCUGAUGCGGCGCGUCAAGCCGUUGAUUGGGGCUGUGGGCACACCUACGCCGGAGAUUCUGGAGACGGCGCUCAUGGAGGCUGGGUUCACGGUGCUGCGAUCGGACAAUGCCAGCGUGGGCGACUUGCAGGCGCCGCUGAUUGACAAGGUGGACUUGUACUUCCGGUCGAUGCGCCAGGUGAUUCUGGGGCUGGUCAAGACGCACGUCCUGCCCAAGCACUUCAAGACGCUGAUCAACCGGCUGUGUCUGGACGGGCAGGCGUUUGUCAAGAUGGACAAGAUGCGUCUGAUCACGACGAGUUAUCGCAUUAUUGCGCAGAAGCCGAACUAG